AUGGGACUUCGCCAAGAGUGGCUAAAUAUUGGUCUCAUGGUAAAGACACAACAAUGUUUCAACUAUUAUUCACUGAAUGAUCUCUAUAAUGUGUUGAAAGCACAUGAUUCAGAAGUAAAUGAAAUAGCUGAAGAAACGAAGGUCAAUCUGGGUGGACCUUGUGCUCUAGUGUCAAAGGGGUUUGGAAGAGAGAUUGAGAAAGAGCCAAAGAGGAAAGAAAAUGAGGAGAAUAAGGAAGUAAAAAGUGACGAAGUAAAGGUUAAGAAAAAGCUGAAAGGAGAUUCUGGUGUUGACUGUCACUAUUGCAAUGGAGCAAAUCACAUGGCAAAUGAUUGCAUGUUGCGAAAGAGGGAUGAGAAGAAAAACAAGGUCAAAGAUGAAGCUUAUUAUGUAGAAAUAUUGGAGGAAGUUCUUGAUGGUGCAUAUGAUUCCAUUCUUUCUGAUUUUGAUGAAGCUAUUACAUAUGUUAAUAAUUUGCUUAUCUUUGCUAGUAAUGAUGCUAAAAAUUCUAGUACUCAAUUGCUAGAAACACAAAGGAAGUUGGAGUCGAAGAUAGCAAAGAUAGAUCAUCUAGAAUUGCAAAUUACAAACGUCAUGUGUGACAGGGAUAGUUUAAGCAAUGAUAAUAAAAUUUUGUUGAAACAAAGGAACAUUUAUUGUAAUACCGCUAAACGCUUAUAUGGUAAACUUAUUGCUUUACAUCAUUCAUUAGAUAUCAGUAAAGAACAGCAUAUGAAACUUUUGCCCUUUUUAGCUUACGAAAGAGAGAAAAUCGAUUCUAUGACCUAUGACUGUGAAAUAAUUGUUGCUGAAAUGGAUAAGGAAAAGGAAGUUAUUGAUUGUUCUCAGUUUUCUGUCAUUAAUGUCAUCUCAAUGACUAAAGGCAAAGAAAAAUUUUGUGAUCUUGAUCAUGUGACUGUCGAAGACAGCCAAACAGACAGUGAUGAUGACAAUGAUGUUGUUCCAAAAGAAACUAUAAUUUCAAGGGUUGUAGUUGAUCAAGUUUUUGACGAGACUAAAAAAUUAGACAAGAUUCUGAAGGAAAAAGGAAAUUGUGAUACGAUUAAACCUGAAUUUAGAAAAAUGGUUAAAGAGGAUUACAUGAAAGCAUCAAAAGAUGGAUUUUCUCAAAUCAAAUGUAAGAAACAAAUCGAAAAGAUUUCAAAAGAAAGUGGUAUUUCAAAGCGACAAGAAAGAAAGAAUGUCUUUUGGCAAAUCAUUGAGUCUCGAAAGAAAUCGAAUGAUUUGAUAAAUAAGUCAUUUGAAAAGAAAAAGUCUAAAUCGGUUAAGAAUUCUUUUAUAAAGAUUGUUGUAAACAAGAAAAAUCCCGUUUUAACUCAAAAUAAACCACGAAAUGAUUUUUCAAAAAAGUCAAAAUCAAGUUCUCCAACCAAUGAUCAAACAUCAAAUGCAAAGAAGUUUUCAAAUCAUCAAUAA